UCCUGGGAAAGGUGAGGAGAUUUGAUUAGAAUUUUUGCUCUCAUUUGCCAUUUCUGAGUUUUCCUUCCAACUCCGCAAAUUAUGGAUCGUCCGGAGUUUUUAGCAGCUGCACAAAACAAUGAUUCUACUGAACAAGUACUGAUGCCUAGGAUUGGUUAUACAAUAUUAGCCAUUAUCAUGGCAAUCUUUAGUAUUGCAUCAAUUAUCCUGAAUACAACAGUUAUUUUGGUGACCAUACAAUACCGGAAAUUGAGGCAACCUUUAAACUAUUCUCUGGUGAAUUUGGCGGUUACCGAUUUAGGCGUUACUCUUACAGGGGGAUUGUUAACCACAGUGACAAAUGCAAUGGGCUACUUCAGUUUGGGAAGGAUUGGAUGUGUGAUCGAGGGAUUCUGUGUUGCAUUCUUCGGUAUCGCGGGUCUCUGCACAGUGGCAGUGAUAGCAGUUGAGCGUCUCAUUGUAGUUUGUAAACCCUUGAGGACAGUCACCUUUCAGUCAAAGCAUGCUGUGGCAGGAGUAGCCUUGUCUUGGAUCUGGUCUUUCAUUUGGAACACGCCCCCUCUGCUCGGAUGGGGGAGUUACCAGCUGGAGGGGGUGAAGACCUCGUGUGCCCCUGACUGGUACAGCACUGAUCCCGUCAACGUCUCCUACAUCAUCUGCUACUUCUCGUUGUGCUUCACUGUACCAUUCGUCAUCAUUGUGUUUUCUUAUUCACACCUACUGUGGACAUUAAGAAAGGUGUCCAGGCUCGGGGUUGCCGAGGCGGGCAGCACUGCCAAAGCUGAAGCUCAGGUUGCCCGGAUGGUUAUAAUGAUGGUGUUGGCAUUUCUCGUCUGUUGGCUUCCUUAUGCAGCGUUUGCUAUGGCAGUGGUCUUCAAUCCUCAGCUUCACAUUAAUCCCAUCAUUGCAACUGUUCCCAUGUACCUCUCCAAAACCAGCACAGUCUACAACCCAAUCAUUUACAUCUUCAUGAACAGACAGUUCCGUGACUAUGCUGUUCCAUUCUUAAUGUGUGGAAGAAAUCCUUGGGCUACAGAGGCCGAUGGCCCAGAAGAGGAAACCACCAUUUCUACAAUCAAUAUAAGUAAUACCAAAGUUGCUCCCACAUAACAUGUUUUUUUGUUGUUGUAAAGUUAACUUUCUUUAAAUUUAUUUGACUUUACUGAGCAUAAAUAGCCGUACCACUGUUAAGUACAUGCAGUAUUCAUUUAUUCCAGGCAUCUGGGAAAUCAUUAUGAUAUAAUGCACAUGAUAUAUUGAAAUAUACUCUCGAUGUAUGCAUACAUUUUAUUCUAGAGCACAUAAUUCUUACCUAGUACAUACAAAAUAUACUUAAGUUGGCUUUUGAAUUACAAACUAGAAGGAAUUUUGCACCAGGAAACAGCAGCAACUUCUGGAUAUUCAAAAUUGAAGUUAAUGUAAAUUAACAACAUACUUCAAAUACUUGAUAUUGUGUUAGCCAGCUACUUUGUGCAGCGCACAGUUUUGUUCUUUAUAAAUAAAUAGUGUAUGUCAUUUUUUAUAUUGUUCAAGCUAAUUUUAGACAAGACAUGAUUUAAUCACUUCUUAAUGCAUUUUAAUUAGUCAAAAACUGCUCAUGGUCUUUAAAGAAUAUAGUCUUUAUUUCCAGCUACUUUAUAUAGGUUGUUAUAAAGCACUCUAAUAAUAGUAUUUUAAUGUUGUAUUAUGUAUGUCAUACUGCAUUAUGUAUUUUUCCCUGUGGUUUUGGUUGUUAGAGAAAUCAAUUAUUGUAUGUUAGUGUUAACAAAUAUUUCAUAUUGUCAAUAAACUUGUACAGCUGUUCUUGUAAAAGGUUGUUUUUCU